UGCCACGGCCCUCCCCGGAGCAGGUUGCUGCAGAGUGCACUUCUCCCCGUUGCAGUUCCUCGCGCUGGUGUGGACGUGCCCGCAGGUCUCCACCAUGCCGACACCGCUCCGCUGGGCUGUCGCAGGCUAUCUGUUUUUGAUUUUUCAGUGGACUUCCGUAGCAGUGGAAAUCACAGAAAGAAGAUUUGUAGCUGAAGGAUCCUCUGUGCUGUUGUAUGCACCAGAUAUCAAGAACAUAAACUUCACUGAGUGGGAAUUCAUAAGAAAUACCACUCCUGAAUUCAUCCUGCAAUACUAUGCAGAUUCACAGUCUCCAACUAUCUACCCAGCUUACCAAGGCAGAGUGAUUUUCUAUCCAGAGAAUGGCUCCCUUCUCUUGCAAAAGCUACAAGAGAUAGACAGUGGGGUCUAUAAAGCAACAGUUGAUCUGAAGCAGGAUAAAGCUAGGACGACUUUACUUGAAGUUAUCAAGCCUGUGCCCCAGCCUGAGCUCCAGUGCAGUUCAAGCCUGGUAGGUUCACCCAUUGAGUUGCGCUGCGUGCUGCCAAAAGGAAGAGUGGAUGCCAUCUUCUGGAAGAAGGAGGGACGUCCUCUCCCCCCAGAAAGGUGCUACCAGCUCUCUGAAAACAUGACUGUGCUGCGGAUUGGGAAAGGGGAGAAGGCGGACUGUGGCUCCUACUCCUGCAAUGUCAGCAAUGAGAUCAGCUGGAAGGAAGCAGUGCUGAACCUGACUCUGGCGGGUCUCCUGCCCCCUCUGCACCAUGCUCAGAGGAUGGCUGCUCUCGUGCUGGUGUUUGCUGCAGGCUCUGCGAUAGGCUUCGCCGUCCUGCUCCGUCAGCCAGAGGAGCAAGGACUUGGAAAGAAAGUGGAGAGAUGGAUGACUGUGUCCAUCCAAGGACUGUUGUGUUUCUCCUCUCUUCUUCUGCUCGCCACCUCUAUCAUCUGGAUGCAGCAAGAAGGUCCUUCUGCUGCCUUCAUAUUGCUCGGGCUUUUCCUCUUUGCUACCAUAAUAACAACUGCCCUCCUCACAGCAACACUGUCGUGCAGACCAGCAGCUCUCAUCCAUUUAAGGACCAAAAAAUGGCACCGUGUCAUCCUGGACACUGCAACCCCCACCACAGUGAUCAUCCUCAUGCUGUUCGCCAGCCUCCUGCUCCAAAAUAUCCAACAGCUCCAUGAGCGAGGCUGCUCGGAGCCCAUUGAUCUGACAGCCAGCUUCGUCAUUGCUGCUACGGUAGUCCUGUUUGUGCUGCUGGUCUUCCUAUGGUAUCACAGGAAUAAAAAGAAGGAGACGAAGAUGGAAAACCUGCGGGUCACCCAUAUCACACAGGGCAUGACAACCUCGCAGGUGCAGGAAGAGCUCCGAGGGCAAAAUCAGGAAGAGGAGUAAGAAGUCAUCCCUCCGACAGCCAGAAGGCUCUGCUCACAUGCCUUGGGCAGCAGGAAGGAGCCCUGGGGAGCUGGAAAAAUGACAUUUAUAAGGAAGCAAUUGUAAGCUGCUGUUGUACCCUAGCACUAGCUAGGCAAUGCUUUCAGUACAAGCGUUUGACAAAGAUGUCACCACCCUGACCAUAGCUUCAGGCCAUGCCUGAUAUUUUCCUGUCACCACACUCUCUGAUCUCCACUGUAGCAAAAAUGGUUUCACUAGUACUAAAAGUGAUUUACUUUUUUGCUACCAGCUUCAGCUGCCUUACUGGUUCAUUUUAUUAUAAUAUGAAGGAAUUGAGUAUCAUAUUCCCUAAGUGCUGCUGAGACUCUUUGCUGCCUGUAGCCCUCCCUGUGCUUUUGCUUCUGAAGCUUUAGCUUUGCCCUGUUUCAGUUUCAGCAGAGCUCUGCCAAGUGCUGCUCACGUGAUUUUGGUGUCACUGCAUGUGUGUGCUGCUGCUUUCUACACUGCUUCCCUUCUGUGCCAUGAGCCAGGCUGCUAAGUCUUGGGAGCAGCUGCUCUUGCCGCCCUUGCCGCCACGUGCGAAGGCAGGCCCUUGCACUGCCCUCGGAUUUGUGCCUUCAGCAGGGCAUCACAGCACAGCCAGGCAGUGCUCCCCUGGCAGCAGGCAGGGCUCAUGGCCUCACUUGGGUGAUGAAACCUUCCCCUCUGGUCUGCCUUGUACUCAGUUUUGCAAGGUGAGCCACCCCGCGUCAUACCGCCUUCCUCCGAAAACUUAGUCUGAUCCCUUACGCGUGCCGUCAUACGCCUGCUCCUUUCCUUUCUCGUGUGCUGACCAGCUCCUCCCUGCAUGCCUGCGACGCCGCACUCCAGACUUGUUGCUUUGGGAAGAGUAACUAGCCUUUGGGGUGGAUGACUAGGAAAGACAGCUCCCUUGCACAUCUGUAUGUGCCUUAUUGUUUCUCUUGGGUGGGCUUUUUUAUUUUAAAGCAUCCCCAAACUAGACUGGCCUUAGACAAUUUUCCAUCCAAGUGCCUCUUAAUUGACUCUGCGUUCAUGAUGUGGCCUUCAGCUGUCUCUGUCCUUUCCGGGUUGUAGUAUUUUAGCUGGAGUUGAAGCACAUUCUGUCAAGGUCCUCCUUUUUUUAUCUUUGCAUGAGAGGUUUGCUGUGAAAAGUGUUGAUCUGUAAGAGCUGAGAAAUAACCUUACCCUGUUCUUUCCCUCUCUUUGUUACAGCUGCUCUAAUAAAUGCAUUUAAUUUGGA